CCAACACCAACUAGAGUGUCAAGAGAAGAGUAGGAAAGCUUGAAGAAAUCAAACACAUCAUCAUUCCAAUUUCCAAAGAGGAGAGUCGCAGAAAGCAAUGGCUUCUACUGACCGCAGCAAGAAGCUUCGCGUCCUGCUCAUCCCAUUCUUCGCCACCAGUCACAUCGGCCCCUUCACCGACCUCGCCGUCCGCCUCGUCACCGCCAGACCGGACGCCGUCGAGCCCACCAUCGCCGUGACCCCGGCCAAUGUCUCCGUCGUCCGAUCAGCCCUCGAGCGGCAUGGCUCAGCGGCGACCAGCGUGGUCAGCAUCGCCACCUAUCCGUUCCCGGAAGUGGCCGGCCUCCCUCGGGGCGUCGAGAACCUCUCCACUGCCGGCGCCGAUGGGUGGCGGAUCGACGUCGCUGCCACCAACGAGGCGCUGACACGGCCGGCGCAGGAGGCGCUCAUCUCGGGCCAAUCUCCUGACGCCCUCAUCACGGACGCCCACUUCUUCUGGAACGCUGGCCUCGCCGAGGAACUCGGCGUGCCCUGCGUUUCGUUCAGCGUCAUCGGUUUAUUCUCCGGGCUCGCCAUGCGCUUCGUCACCGCCGCCGCCGCGAACGACGACUCCGAUUCGGCGGAGUUGACUCUCGCGGGGUUUCCAGGGGCGGAGCUACGGUUCCCCAAGUCCGAGUUGCCGGAUUUCUUGAUCCGGCAAGGGAACCUCGACGGAAUCGACCCGAACAAGAUUCCCCAGGGGCAAAGGAUGUGCCAUGGUCUCGCCGUGAACGCGUUCUUGGGCAUGGAGCAGCCGUACCGUGAGAGAUUCUUGCGCGACGGCCUCGCAAAGCGCGUCUACUUGGUCGGGCCACUCUCGUUGCCGCAGCCACCGGCCGAAGCUAACGCCGGUGAGGCAUCGUGCAUCGGUUGGUUGGACUCCAAGCCGAGCCGGUCAGUGCUGUACGUAUGCUUCGGCACGUUUGCUCCCGUCUCGGAGGAGCAGCUCGAGGAGCUGGCUCUCGGGCUGGAAGCCUCCGGCGAGCCGUUCCUGUGGGCGGUCAGGGCCGACGGGUGGUCGCCGCCGGCGGGGUGGGAGGAGCGCGUUGGUGAGAGGGGGGUGCUGGUCAGAGGGUGGGUCCCACAAACGGCGAUACUUUCUCACCCGGCGACGGCGGCGUUCCUGACGCACUGCGGGUCGAGCUCGCUGCUGGAGGCCGUGGCGGCCGGCGUCCCGCUGCUGACGUGGCCGCUGGUGUUCGACCAGUUCAUCGAGGAAAGGCUGGUCACCGACGUCCUGAGGAUUGGCGAGAGGGUGUGGGACGGGCCACGGAGCGUGCGGCACGAGGAGGCGAUGGUGGUGCCGGCGGCGGCGGUGGCGCGAGCCGUGGCGAGGUUCUUGGAGCCUGGUGGGGCAGGGGACGCGGCGAGGCUCAGAGCGCAGGAGCUCGCCGCCGAGGCUCACGCGGCCGUGGCCGAAGGCGGGUCCUCGUACCGCGAUCUGCGCAGGCUCGUCGACGAUAUGGUCGAAGCAAGGGCGGCCGGCGGCGAGGCUGCGGCUGCACCGCAACCUCAGUAGCCUAUAAUGCCAAUGCGUUCGUCUGUACGAUGUCGAGUCAUUCCACUGUUGCAGGCUCCCAGUUCAUUUCGCUCAGUUGUCAUGAUGCACUGAUGCAGGCCUUGUUGUGACUUUGAGAAACGUUUAUUCAGAGUGCAAACCGCAGAACACUUCUUCAGUUCAGUUCAA